AUGAAUAUCACUCUCGAACGGACCGGGCCCAACCUCAACCGGCGUGUGAAGGCCACGGGCGCUACCACAGGGGAUUCGGCGUCUGCACUGGCCGCAUUCGGAGCUAUGGGUAGCCAAAACGUUCAUCGCGAGUCUCAGGCGCUCUUCUUCCGAGAGAAUACGUUCCGACUCCUAGAAAUGUAUGGAGACGGCGAGACCCCUUACCAAAUUGCACGUGCGUUCAUGAAAGCAAUCGGUCCUGGAGGUCGCAAACAGACUCGAAACAUCGAGCUCCACAAUGUCGGCUCUGUAGCCGAAGGCAUAGUACUAGACCCCGACACUUUGGAGGCCCACCGAUACUGCUACCAGGUUAUGCAGCAGUUCCAGAUUGUGACCACGCAGCUAAGCCUUUGCAAGAACCUCCAAUCCCUGUUCAUCUACCUGGACACCUCUGAGGUCUUUGGUAGCGCCGGUCCCUCUCCCCAACCGCUCGUAGAGUGGCUGCAACCGCUCUGGCCCAUACAAGCAUCAGCUGGAGCCAACAGGAGUGACUUCGAAGAAGGUCGAAAGCGAUGCGUAGCCGCUGCCAAAGUUAGGCAUAACAGGACCUGCGAAGUAAAUUUGACUCUUGGUCUACUGAUCUUUGCUGCGAAGAGUUCGGGGCUCAAGAAGUUAGCGAUCGCUUGGAAGGCUGACCAGAAGAUGGCCGCCGUGUUCCAGCCCCGCACUUCCGGAGGGCCGAGUAAAUACAUACUCCGGGCGGGCGCUGAGGAUUUCUUGCGGGCUUAUCUCCAGCCUGCGUGCGCGGUCGUGCCCCUUCGGUAUCUUGACAAGGAUUAG